AUGGCUAAGAAGAAGUCACUUGCAGAACAAAUUGCCGACGUAGCUAACAAACCAAAAGUUCCUGAUUUUGAUAUCGAAGAUAUUGAUUUUAAAAAUACUGCUCAUCAAGAUAAUGAUGUCAGUCACGAUGAGGAAGAUCAAAAUGAUGAAGAAUUAGCCAAAGAGCACUACCUUGGUAUGGGUGAGUCUAAAUUGAGGAGAAAAUUAAAUCCUUUAGGAGGUUUAGAAACAAAGGAUAGUAAAUAUAUCGGUACUAAAGGAUCAAGAAAAGAGUUAUUUGAAGAAGAAGAAGAAGAGGAUGAAGAUGAAGAAGAAGAUGAUGAAGAAGAAGAGGAUGAAGAAGAAGAGGAUGAAGAAGAAGAAGAAGAUGAUGAUGAUGAAGAAGAAGAGGAUGAAGAAGAAGAGGAUGAAGAAGAAGAAAAGGAUGAAGAAGAAGAAAAGGAUGAAGAAGAAGAAGAAGAAGAAGAUGAUGAUGAUGAAGAAGAAGAAUUGAAAAGAGAAAGGUUAGCUAAAUUAUUCAAGCAAGAAACAAAACAAGCGAUCAACAAUUUAUCUCAAUCAACUCGAAAAGAUGCAUUAAAAGGUGCCUCCAUUGUUUACCAGAAUCAAUAUUUUGAUAAAAUUCUAGAUUGUCGAAUGAAGUUACAAAAAUCUAUUAGCUCAAGCAACAAAUUACCUCUAACUAAACAAAGCUGGGAAACUUAUUCAAAAGAAACUCCAAAAACUAAUACAUUGUUAAAUGAGACAAUGGAUCUUUUACAUAAUUGCCUGACUCAAAUAAUUAAUAUCAGAACUAAUUCGCAUAUACACGAUAAGAUAAACCCAAACAAAAAAGAAAACUCAGACUUAAAUAAUACCAAACGUUCGUUUACUCAACUACUUCAAGAAAGUGCGGAUUUAGACAAUGAGUUAACUAAAUAUAGAAAAGUUGUAUUAAAUAAAUGGUCAAACAAGAUUCAACAGACUCAAGGUCAUUUAUCUGGUACUAAUUCUAAUUUAAAAAUUAUUAACCAAAGCACCGAUGUUCAAGUAGAAACCCAAUUGGCUGAUAGGGAAAGAUUAUUAAAACGUACUUAUUUGAAUAGAAGAGGUGUAAUCCCAUUAGGUUAUCAAGAAGACCUAAAGAAUAAUCGUUUGAAUAGAAUGGAAACCAAUAUUAACACUGAUAACAUUUAUGAAGAUGACGACAAUCCUGAUAUUCCCAAGAAUUAUAACCCAAGACUUAAAAAUAGUUCCAAUGCCGGACUAGACAUCGGUGAAAAUCCUUACAUCUUUGAUGACGAAGACUUUUAUCGUGUUUUAUUAAAUGAUCUAAUUGAUAAGAAAAUCACCAAUACUAAUGAUAGUGCAUUAACCUCCACUGGAACCUAUUCUGGUAACAACCUGGUUGUUGUGCCUAAAAGCAAGAAUAAAAAUAUAGAUACCAAAGCCUCCAAAGGCCGUAAAUUAAACUAUUCAAUCCAAGAACCAAUCGCCCAUUAUGAUGCUCCAUUAUCCAGUACUGUUAAAUGGAACGAUGAACAAAUUGAUGAGUUUUUUGCUGGUUUAUUAGGCCAGCGUAUUAAUUUUAACGAAAAUAGUGAUAGUGAAGAAGAAGAUGCCGAAAGCAAAAUGGAACAAGAACAAGAAGUAAAAGAUAAAAUGGCUAUCAAAAACGACGAUAUCCAAAUUUUUGGUUAA